AUGGACGAAAAAGGGAUGGAAAAUCUUGCAGCCAAGGCCCAGGAGUUGACGACUCCUGGGCGUUGUUUGAGUAAAGAUGAUGUCCUCAGCAUUUACGACAUUCUUAGUUGCACGACCGUAGGAACCGUAUUGACGAUGAAAGAAAGAUUCAGCCUCGGUUCGGUCAUUGGAAUUCAACGGCAUAGCCCUAAUCCCCAAUACAUGCCGCGAAGGUUUUCGCAACUUCAAUUCCUCGCUUCAAUUCCUUUACGUCGACGUUCUUUGACAGAACAUCUAAAGCUGCCCAAUGACGGACUUGUAUUUUCGUGUUCAAUCGCAAAAAUUCAUCAGCAUUUACUAAUCAGACCAAUUUAUUCAACUUCCUCUCCAUGCGGCGAUGAGUCAGACACGAAGAUAUGCGAUUUCGCUCCAAUAGACCACUGCGUAUCAGCGGAGAUGAACGCCUCGUUCGCUCAGGCUGUUCAAAUUCCAAGGGCUCAUCGUCAUACUGGUAUGGACCAUAUCGGAGUCGACUGGUAUUCUGCGCUUUUAUUUGAAGUCCAUCCAGAUUCUUCCUCUUCCCAAUUACGUCUUCAUAUCAGCUCCGGAAACAUUUAUCUGGCUGUCAGACCCCCGCAUGAGAUUUCAACCCCAGGGCUUGAAGGCCAGGCCUGCAAGCCAGAGUUUGUGUGGUCGCUGACACCAGACUUUGGGGAGAUAAUAUCGACGGAAAAUACAAAGAAUAUAUUCAAGAUUAGGAUACGUGAAACGGCUGUGUAUGGUGCGUGUGUCCUGGAGAGGCGAGACUAUGGAUUUCUUCGCACUAUACAUGAAGCUUGUGGAUUCAAAAACAAGCAUGAUGGAAAGGAUAUAUCCUGCUUCUUCGAUUUUCCUCAAAUGACGAUGUACCCGUGCCAGCCAUAUAUAGGAUACCGACUCCAAGGAUGGCCUGCCUGUGACGCAUGUUGGGGCGUGCAUAUCCCAUUAGUUGAUAACUUUGGUAUUGAUUGGGCGACAACACCACCAUCUCCCUUAUCCUCACGACUUCCUUCUUCGUGUUCCAAUCAUUCUAUGUCAGUCCAAUGUACCUCAUCUAUCUCUGAACUGUCAACUCGUCCAUGGUGGAGUAUUUCCAGACUUAAUGUAUUCAUGGCGAUUUUAGGAUUACUGACCAUAUUCGUCGUCUCAAGAGACGGCAUUUUAGGUCAUGACGAAGCACAUUUUACUAUCAGAUACGGAGGGGAUGAUGGAGAAAGUAAUCCUCUUUAA